ACAGCGGCCUCACCGGCCUCACGGCUCACGCUCCCGCCACAGCUGUAAAUAAAUAAAUAAAUAAAGGCCCGGCGGCCGAGGCGGGUGGGAGCCAUGUCCCGAAAGCUGCGGCCUAACGAGGUGUGCGCCGACUGCAGCGCUUCAGAUCCUGGUUGGGCAUCGAUAAACCGUGGAGUGCUGGUUUGUGAUGAAUGCUGCAGUGUUCAUCGAAGUCUUGGUCGACAUAUCUCCAUGGUGAAACAUCUCCGCCACAGCUCGUGGUCUCCGACUCUGUUACACAUGGUACAGACGCUGGCAAGUAAUGGAGCCAACUCGAUCUGGGAGCAUUCGUUGCUUGAUCCAGCGCAAGUGCAGAGUGGACGACGGAAGCCAAACCCACAGGAUAAAGUGCAUCCCACAAAGGCAGAGUUCAUCAGAGCCAAAUACCAGAUGUUGGCGUUUGUACACAAGCUGCCGUGCCGUGAUGAUGAUGGUGUGACCACAAAGGAUCUGAGCAAGCAAUUGCACUCCAGUGUACGUACAGGGAACUUGGAGACGUGUAUCAGGCUACUGUCACUCGGAGCGCAGGCCAAUUUCUUUCAUCCGGAGAAAGGUACCACUCCUCUGCACGUUGCUGCCAAAGCUGGCCAGAUACACCAGGCUGAGCUACUGGUCGUCUAUGGUGCAGACCCAGGAGCACCCGAUGUCAACGGCAGAACGCCAAUAGAUUAUGCCAGACAAGCAAAUCACCAUGAGCUUGCCGACAGACUGGUGGAGUGUCAAUAUGAACUUACAGACAGGCUGGCGUUUUACCUUUGUGGACGGAGACCAGAUCACAAAAAUGGGCAUUAUGUCAUUCCCCAAAUGGCUGACAGAACACGGCAAAAAUGCAUGACCCAGAGUAGCUUGGACUUGUCAGAACUGGCUAAGGCAGCCAAAAAGAAACUUCAAGCACUGAAUAACCGACUUUUUGAAGAACUGGCAAUGGACGUUUAUGAUGAAGUUGAUCGUCGUGAGAAUGAUGCCGUGUGGCUGGCCACCCAGAACCACAGCACCUUAGUGACUGAGCGCAGUGCUGUGCCCUUUCUCCCAGUUAAUCCCGAAUAUUCUGCCACCAGGAACCAGGGUCGGCAAAAACUGGCCAGGUUUAAUGCCCGGGAGUUUGCAACCCUGAUUAUUGACAUUCUUAGUGAUGCAAAGAGAAGGCAGCAUGGAAAGACACUAAACAGCCCAACCGAAACUAUUGAUUAUCUGCUGUGCAACCAGAGUGAGCGUGCCGACAGUGAUUUUGGUGACGACCAGCACGACUACGACAGUGUAGCAUCUGAUGAGGACACUGACGCUGAGUCACACCGCAACGCAAACUCGUCCCGGAACAACCGAGCAAAGAGCAUGGAUUCUUCAGACUUGUCGGACGGCCCCAUCACACUGCAGGAAUACCUGGAGGUGAAAAAAGCCUUGGCUGCUUCCGAGGCCAAGGUUCAGCAGCUGAUGAAAGUGAACAACAACCUCAGUGAGGAGCUGCGGAGGCUGCAGAUGCAGAUUAACAAACUGCAGACAGAGAAUGCCCAAAUGAAGCAUGAAAGUCCUAGUCUGCACCCAUCAUCGGCUGCCGGUGAGCGGCAGGAUCUUGCCCCUCAUGUCAGUGCAAAUAGACGCGAUCGGCAAGCGGUGUCCAUGUAUGAAACCCGGUCUGGCCAGAAAUCCUUUGGAAAAACUACAGAUGAUAUUGUCACACGACUACAGCCUUUGGAUUGCAGUAUUCGCAGGGGUGUCUCCGCGACCUCUGUGCCCUUCCCCUUCUCUCCCCAACUGUCCUGUUCUCAGGACUGCGGCAGAUCGGUGGUUAACUACCAUCUCAGUUGGGCUCAAGUGUCCAAACUGGAGAAGCGGGGCAGUGGCACGGACAGUGAUUACGACAACACCCAGGGGAUCGAUCUGGCACCAGGUAUUGCUGACGGCAAGAUGGGAAGGGAGGAGGAGCUGCAUCUGGAGUAUGAUGAACACGAGGUUGACCUGGAUCCCAGCCUCCCCAGUACAGAGGACGUCAUCCUUAAAACUGAGCAGGUCACCAAAAACAUCCAGGAGCUGCUUCGAGCAGCACAGGAGUGUAAGCAUGAAAGUUUUGUGCCAUGUUCUGAAAAGAUCCACUCUGCUGUCACUGAAAUGGCUUCUCUUUUUCCAAAGAAACCUUCUCUGGACACAGUGCGGUCAUCUUUGAAGUUGCUAAAUGCCAGUGCCUUCAGACUGCAGUGUGAAUGCAGGAAAACGAUCCCCCCAGAGCCGGGAGCCCCAGUCGAUAUACAACUGCUCACACAACAGGUCAUCCAGUGUGCCUACGACAUUGCUAAGGCAGCCAAGCAGCUGGUGACCAUCACAACACGUGAGAAAAAACAAUGACGCUAAAUGCACUUCAGCCACAUUCCAUUAGUUGUUUGUGAACUAAAGAAAGGCAUCUUUCUUCAGAGGCCAACGGGAGCCGCUGUACAUAGACUGAUCCCAAUCCUGUGGGGUUGUUUUUCUGUGAUAGAUUGUUUUGGCUUUCACGUUGAAGAAAGCUUCUCGAAGGUUUAAAUUUCCAAUGUUGUGGUGGAGAGCAGCAGUGGUAGUUAACCAGAGGUAACUAGCACUAACUAAUGACUUGGCCAAAGCACCGGCUGCAGUGCGGGGAGACUUCAACCUCUGCCGCUUUGGCAAGAUGUAAAUACUUAGGUGAUAUUACACUGGAAUUCCUGACUCCUCAAUUAAGUUGCUUGGAAGAAUUACUCCGCACUACAUUGUUGGUGGAAUCUGCGCCGUAAACAUUCAUGUCACACGGGGCAUCUUGCCUCCCAGCGAGCAAGUCAUCUCAAUCCCGAACACGUCUCUGUACGUUCUUGCACCGGACCACCCGACUUCAACGUGGACGAUCCACAGGUCACCUGCUGCUCUUCAUCUGUCACCAGAGGCUGAAGAUCAGUGGAGCCUCUUCACACAUCCUAGUAGUGGGCUGGCUGCCUGGUGCAUUGUAUGCCACACAACAGUUGGAUCUGCUUGGACCGUUGCACCCCCACAGUAGUGUUGGCGGUUCCCAAUCUUUGCUCUCUUGGUGCCACACGUUUUGCAUUGACCGUCACAUAGGUGAUGCAUCAAUACUAGAGCCAAGGUUCAAUGAUAGUUUACUACAUUCAUUACAGCCGCUCACAGCGCUAGGUGACCGUGGUGAUCAGUUGUACUAAAUGUCUGUCCUUGUUUGAAGUCUGAAUACUAUUCUCCUGGUGCAAGUAUGACAAUUUGGGGAGAGUGUUUGGUCAACCUGCCUUGGUGAUUCUCUCAGCCAUGUGGCUCUACCUCGCCCAUGGGAGCAGCAGGUAAGGGUACGUUACUCCAUGGAUCAGUAGGUAGGGACAUGCUCCUCUAUGGAUCAGUAGGUAGGAACAUGUUACUCCAUGGAUGGUGGAGGUAGGUAGGGACAAGUUGAUCCAUGGAUCAGUAGGUAGGGACAUGCUCCUCCAUGGAUCAGUAGGUAGGUAGGUGUACGUCACUCUACCUCGCCCAUGAAUCAGGUGCUAAGGGUGUGUAGCCAACAAUCGACCUGGCUCAGAUUGCUGACGAGAAUGAGACCAUGAACAUAACACUAAAGUCCAAGUCUUUAUUACUGUGCUCACUCUUAAUUACGAAUAAGAAUUAUCUUCCAUUUAUUCAUUUUUAUUUAUGGAAAUUAAAUGGCCUUGUGUAAA